CUAACGAAAACGGGGCAUGCAUUGACCAAACCCAGGGUGGUUUCACUUUAGAAGUAGGAACUGUUUCCAACAGAGCACCAAGUUGGGAAGUUCGGUUCUCAGGCCGCGUGGACCUGGCAGCAUCGGAGCAGGUGGCGGCCGCCGCUGCCCUAGCAGCCCUGAUCCCCGAAGAGCAGAACUGACAAGGCCGCUGCUCCCGCCGUCGGACUCUUCCGCAGUCAUUGAGACGCCGGCGCGGGGCCCUCCGUGCCCCCUCCAGGGACCCGCGCCGCGUCCAGGUGGCUGAGCCCGCGCUACUGGAGGAGGCGCCUCCGCGCCGGCCUCACCCUGGGACCGGGAGGGGGCGAGGGCGGAGCUGGACGGUCGCCGCCCAGCCCGGGGGACCGACUCUCGAGCCCGCCCGGGCCCCCCGUGCCCCCAACACAGUGCUCAUGCGCGCGGCCCAGCUUUUAUAGCGGCCGCAAGGGCAGCGCCUUCCGCACUUCGGCUCAACGAGGCGGAUCUCGCGCAGGUGCGGAGCCCCGAGCUGCGGGCUCAGGAGCGAGGGAUCCCCGACGCCUCUGUCCCUGUUUCUCUGUCGCUCCCAGCCUGUCAGUCUUGGUUAUUGGCGCCCCCUCCCCGCUGCGGGGUUGCACACUGUCCCUGGGCUUGGCUCGAUUUGCCACCAAGGCGCCUCCUGCAGACCUAGAGGGGCGCUGGCCCGGAGCAGCGGCUCGUCUAUGUCCUCUCCCCUGCGCCGCGUCCGGGGUUCCGAGGGGUGCGGGGAUCUGAGGGAGUGGCGCGCGGGGUCCCCCGCACCCCGGCUUUGCCCGCAUUCUCCCUCUCUCCCAGGUCGGAGCAGCAUCUCAGUCACCAUGUCCGCAGCCUGGAUCCAGACUCUCUUCCUCGGUGUGUGUCUGCAGCUACUGCCGGGGCCCAUGGGCAGCGAGGGAGCCGGUGAGUCGGGGAGCUGGGCUCCCAUUGCUAUCACAUGUUUUACCAGAGGCUUGGACAUCAGGAAAGAGAAAGCCGAUGUCCUCUGCCCAGGGGGCUGCCCUCUUGAAGAAUUCUCUGUGUACGGGAACAUAGUAUAUGCUUCUGUAUCGAGUAUAUGUGGGGCUGCUGUCCACAGGGGAGUAAUCAGCAACUCAGGGGGACCUGUGCGAGUCUAUAGCCUACCUGGUCGAGAAAACUAUUCCUCAGUAGAUGCCAAUGGCAUCCAGUCUCAAAUGCUUUCUAGAUGGUCUGCUUCUUUCACAGUGACUAAAGGCAAAAGUAGUACACAGGAGGCCACAGGACAGGCAGUGUCCACAGCACAUCCACCAACAGGUAAACGACUAAAGAAAACACCCGAGAAGAAAACUGGCAAUAAAGAUUGUAAAGCAGACAUUGCAUUUCUGAUUGAUGGAAGCUUUAAUAUUGGGCAGCGCCGAUUUAAUUUACAGAAGAAUUUUGUUGGAAAAGUGGCUCUAAUGUUGGGAAUUGGAACAGAAGGACCACAUGUGGGCCUUGUUCAAGCCAGUGAACAUCCCAAAAUAGAAUUUUACUUGAAAAACUUUACAUCAGCCAAAGAUGUUUUGUUUGCCAUAAAGGAAGUAGGUUUCAGAGGGGGUAAUUCCAAUACAGGAAAAGCCUUGAAACAUACAGCUCAGAAAUUCUUCACGGUAGAUGCUGGAGUAAGAAAAGGGAUCCCCAAAGUGGUGGUGGUAUUUAUUGAUGGUUGGCCUUCUGAUGACAUCGAGGAAGCAGGCAUUGUGGCCAGAGAAUUUGGUGUCAAUGUAUUUAUAGUUUCUGUGGCCAAGCCUAUCCCUGAAGAACUGGGGAUGGUUCAGGAUGUUUCAUUUGUUGACAAGGCUGUCUGUCGGAAUAAUGGCUUCUUCUCUUACCACAUGCCCAACUGGUUUGGCACCACAAAAUACGUAAAGCCUCUGGUACAGAAGCUGUGCACUCAUGAACAAAUGAUGUGUAGCAAGACCUGUUAUAACUCAGUGAACAUUGCCUUUCUAAUUGAUGGCUCUAGCAGUGUUGGAGAUAGCAAUUUCCGUCUCAUGCUUGAAUUUGUUUCCAACAUAGCCAAGACUUUUGAAAUCUCGGACAUUGGUGCCAAGAUAGCUGCUGUACAGUUUACUUAUGAUCAGCGCAUGGAAUUCAGUUUCACUGACUAUAACACCAAGGAGAAUGUCCUAGCUGUUAUCAGAAACAUCCGCUAUAUGAGUGGUGGAACAGCUACUGGUGAUGCCAUUUCCUUUACUGUUAGAAAUGUGUUUGGCCCUAUAAGGGAGAGCCCCAACAAGAACUUCCUAGUAAUUGUCACAGAUGGGCAGUCCUAUGAUGAUGUCCAAGGCCCUGCAGCUGCUGCACAUGAUGCAGGAAUCACUAUCUUCUCUGUUGGUGUGGCUUGGGCACCUCUGGAUGACCUGAAAGAUAUGGCUUCUAAACCGAAGGAGUCUCAUGCUUUCUUCACAAGAGAGUUCACAGGAUUAGAACCAAUUGUUUCUGAUGUUAUCAGAGGCAUUUGUAGAGAUUUCUUAGAAUCCCAGCAAUAAUGGUAACAUUUUGACAAAUGAAAAAAAAAAAGUACAAGGGGAUCCAAUGUAUAAAUCGUAUUCUCAUAAUAUUGAAAUACUUUAGCAUAGCAGAAUCAGAUACAAAAGUAUUAUAUUAAAUAUGGCAACAGCCGUUUAGGCAAAUGAGCACUCCUUUAAAGCUACUGCCUUCUGGUUACAAUUUACAGUGUACUUUAUUUGUUCAAAACACUGCUGAGGCUUCAUAAUCAUGGCCCUUAGAAACUCAGGAAAAGAGGAGAUAAUCUGGAUUAAAACCUUAAGAGUUCAAAUGCCUACUAAAUGUACUGAUAUGCAAAUUCUAUAGCUCAAUAAAAUAAUCUGAUAUUUAGACCACCAGCAA